AAUAAGUCAACGAUAGAGGAAAGAUACCGAUCUACUCAAAUUGAUCCAAGUUGAAAGAGAAAUUAAGGAAGGAAUUCUGCCCGAAAUUGAAAUAUAAGCUUGCAAAGUGAAGAGCUUAGAAAGGGCGUCUGCUAAAAGUUUGGUGCUGCUGGGAAUUUGAGAAGAACAUGUUAAUCAAGUAACAGAAGUGCUGGUAUAGUGAAAAGGGCAUUUGGAUUCCGAUUAUACUUUGAAGAAGCGGUAGACAGAUGUUAAGGGGGUGGUAAACUAUACAGGCUAGAGGAACAAAAUGGGGGAAGGAAUAUAUGUCGAUAUUUGAUAUAAAGCAUUGGAUUGUAAGCGGCUAAUCAUGCUGGGAAUAUAUGUCUCAAUAGAUUCAUAAACGAAAAAUAUUGUUAAGGUUGGAUUUUGAGUACAUUUUCGGAAAGCUUGUGAAGGCAUUGCUAGUGAAUUGAACUAAGGUUUUAUUGGAAACUCACAGCACUCUCUCUAUAUAAAGUUCAUUUCAUUGAGGUGCUGAAACCACAUGCAUUGUAUCUCAACAAGUCAACACAUCAAUGGCAUCUUCAUCAUCAUCUUCUCCUUCUUCUCAAUCUUGGAAGUACGAUGUCUUUCUUAGCUUUAGAGGAGAAGAUACUCGUAAGACUUUUGUUGAUCAUCUCUACUUUGCUCUUGAACAACAAGGGUUAUACACGUACAAGGACGAUAAAACGCUUCCUCGGGGUGAAUCGAUUGGUCCAGCCCUUAUGAAGGCUAUAGAAGAAUCCCAGAUUGCUGUCAUCAUAUUCUCUGAAAAUUAUGCAGAUUCUUCAUGGUGCUUAGAUGAACUUGUAUGUAUUAUGAAGUGCAAAGAUACAAAAGGCCAAAGUGUUAUGCCCAUAUUUUAUCAUGUGGAUCCCUCUGAAGUGCGAAAACAAAUACGAAUAUAUGGAGAGGCAUUUGCCAAACAUGAGUUGGAGAACUACAAGAAGGUUGAAUCUUGGAGAAAAGCACUUGUGGAUGCAAGUAACAUUUCUGGAUGGGAAACCAAGCAAGUUGCUAACGGGCAUGAAGCAAAGUGUAUCAAAGAAAUUGUUGACACAAUUUCGCAUAGGCUGCAUUUAGUAACUCAAAGUGCAAAUGAAAACCUGGUUGGAAUAGAGGCUCGCAUGCAAAAUCUGAAAUCAAAGUUACAAAUUGGGUCAGGUGGGGUGCGCAUGAUUGGAAUAUGGGGGGUUGGGGGUGGUGGUAAGACUACUCUUGCAUCUUCUGUAUAUAGUGAAAUCUAUCUCCACUUUGAUGGUUCUUGCUUUGUUGAAAACAUUCGAGAGGAAUCAAGCAAGUAUGGUUUGGCAAAAAUGCAAGAAAAAAUUCUUUCAAAUGUGUUGAAACAAAAAGAAGUUGAAGUACCAAGAGUUGACGAAGGAAGACGCAUGAUAAAGGGCAAGCUGUGCCAUAGAAAGGUCUUGAUAGUUCUUGAUGAUGUUAAUCAGCUUGAGCAACUAAGAGCGUUAGCCGGAUCACAUGAUUGGUUCGGUGAAGGAAGCCGAAUUAUAAUAACAACUAGAGAUGAGCAUGUAGUAUUAACUACUACGCCCAGAGUAGACUUGAUACAUAAAAUUAGCUUGUUAAACGAUGAUGAGGCUAUGGAGCUCUUUUCCAAGUAUGCACCUCAGGGUCACAAGCGUGUAGAAGAUUAUGAGCUGCUUUCGGAAGAUGUGGUUUUUUAUGCUGGUGGGCUCCCUUUAGCACUUACAACUCUCGGUUCCAGUCUGUGUGACAAAGACAUUAAUGAAUGGAAGAGUGCAUUAGCCAGACUGAAAGAGAUUCCAAAUGAUGAUAUUUUGGAAACGCUAAAAAUCAGCUUUGAUGGACUUACAAAGCUUGAGAAAGAUUUGUUCCUAGAUAUUGCAUGUUUUUUUAGGAAGAAGGACAAAGAUAAGGCAAUGAAGACGCUUGAUGCUUGUGGUCUACAUCCUGUGAUAGGAGUAAAGGUGUUGAUUCAAAAGGCUCUCAUAACUAUUUCACGAAAUGGAGAGUUUGAUAUGCAUGAUCUGGUGCAAGAAAUGGCACACUACAUUGUUAGAGGGGAAUACCCCAAGAAUCCCGAGAAACAUAGUAGAGUUUGGAAGACUGAAGAUGUUCUAAGAAUAUGUGCCCUGGAUGCAACGAUGGAACUUGACAUGAUUGAAGCAAUAAGGCUUGAUUGUAAUAGUCAUGAUAUAUCACAAUUGCUUCCUCCGAUUGGUGCAAACAUGAAAAACCUUCGAUGGAUUGACUGGAGAUGUGAUCUUGCAAGUCCGUUUCCUACCAAAUUUUCACCAUGGAAGCUUUGUUGUCUAAGAUUGGAUGGCAUCUCACAGAAACAGAUUUGGGAGGGUUAUAAGCAUCUGCCGAAUUUGAAAAUCAUGAAACUUGCUCGUUUGAAAAACCUAAUCAUGACACCAGAUUUUGGUGGACUUCCAAAUCUUGAAAUAUUCAAUCUUCGUAAAUGCCCAUGUUUAGAAGAGAUUGAUCCAUCGAUUGGACAUUUGAAAAGGCUUGUCUCCGUAUCUAUAGAAGAUUGUAGGAGACUUAAGAUGUUUCCACCCAUUACCCAACUAGAGAAACUCGAUACCCUUACAUUCUCAUUUUGCCCCAAGCUUUUUACAUUCACAGAGAUCGAACAAAAGAACAUUAAAAGCUUACCACAUCUUCAUUUGGAUGAUAGUGAGGACGAAGUUGCAUCCUAUAUAGAAUCCGGUACAAAAAAAUUUGUUACUUGGUUGACAUGUUUCAACAAUCUUGGUGGUGAUACAGAAGUUGAAAAACCACUAGAGGAUCCCAUUGAUGUAGAAUGUUGUUUAAAGGAAUCAUGUUUACCUCACACGAGAGGGUUACAAUUUUUCCAUACAGGCUUAACAAAGUUGAAUCUCAGGCACUGCCAUCUAAGAGACGAGUACAUUGGCUCUGCUGUUUGGGAGUUGCCUAACUUGCAAGAACUCAAUCUAAAACAAAAUAAAUUUUCUCGAUUAAAUUUUAGUCGCUUGCAACUUCCUCGGCUCAAAUGGCUCAACGUGUCAGAGUGCAAAAGCCUUGUAGAAUUGUCAGAGCUGCCAUCAAGUAUAGCUGCUGUUAAGGCGGAUGAUUGUGAAUCACUUGAAAGCUUUGGAGAUAUUUCAAACUGCAAAUUGUUGUGGAAAGUCUCACUCUUUGGGAAGAAUAAACUUUGUGGCGACAUAUUACUAAACUCCAUGCUCCAGGGAAAUGCUUUUGAAAAUCACUUUAUCAGUGCUGUUGUUAAACAUCAGAUGAUUCCAAAGGAGUGGUUUGUAGAUAGGCUGUUUACCGAGAACACACAUACACUGCAUCUUCCACAUGAUUGGAACAGUAACUAUUGUGGGUUUUUAAUACGCGUUGUCACGGACAUGAAAUCUCCACGUAUUAGUAUAAUCAUCAAGCAGGAGGUAGAAGAAGUAGGUUUUCGAUCUGAAAUUUGGCAGGAGCCUGAUGAAUAUAAUGAAAUGACAUUCAUAGGAUAUGUUUCGUUUCAUUCAUUGAGGAACACCACAUUAUUGACUUCAUCACACAAUAUCAUUUCAUUUUCCAUACAAAAUAUGUUUGGGUGUUCAGCUUACAAGAGUUAUGUUGGUGCUGAGCUAGUUCCUAGGAAAGUAAAGGGUGAUCAGGCGUUUGCAACAACAGAUUGCUCAGAAUUUUGGGAUGAUGAACGUAAACAUGGAAAUACGUUUACGAUCAAACGUGAUUCAAACACUUCUAUCAAUAUUUUAUGGAAGCCUAGCCACACCUUAUCUCCGUAUGGGUAUCCGUAUCCAUAUAUGUAUCCCUAUCCACAUCCAAACGGCAAGUACUACUAUCAGCUGGAAGAAGAUAAGUCUUCUUGUGUAAUCUGUUGAGGUCCUGAAAGAUAGUGGAAGUGUACAAGAAAAGAUGCAGUAUGUACAUGUAUAUUGGAGUACUUUUCAAGAACUCAUGUGAGAAAUGGUCAAUGUACAGGAAAUGAUGCAGUAGGUACAUGUGUACAGGGUGGCUUUUGGAUUGGUGAUAUAUAAGGAUCACCGAUCAAAAUCAGUGGCAAUCCGCACACUGUUGAGCUGAUGAGAUUUGUUUAUGAUUGUGCAUGAGAAUGGAUGUCCAUAUAUUGUGAUGACAUGACUUAUUUGUUCAUAUUUCACCUAUUUAUCCGGUCAUAUUUUAGUUGGUUGUCAAAUUUGUAUCA